AUGUUUUGUCUACGCAGUUGGCUUCCGCUGCUCUUUAUCCCGACAAACGCUUCGCCCGCCUUCAUCUUCCUCUUCUUCAUCUGCACCUACUUCCUCAACCGACCCUGCGUCUACUGCUCCAUCCUGCUGCUCAUCCUCUUCCUGACCUCGUGCAACUGGUCCGACCGAUGCUUCUUCGACUUUAGCAGCAACUGGUUCCUGCCUCGCCCGACAACACAGAUACUACCAUCCGACGAGAUUGCCGAGGCCACCUUCAACUCGACCGCUUUCGAAAUGGUCAACACCACCGUCGCGGCAAUCGUGAAAUCUGCUAGCGAGGAUCUCGAAGCGAGGAGGGCCGAGUGGUCCGGCCUGGGGAUCGAAUGGCUCAGGAAUCUCUUGGGUAAGAGGGAGUGGAGGAUUGAUUGUAUGGAUAUCUACAUUCGGCUAUAG